AUGAGCGGCGGCGGGCGGCCUGCGCAGGGCCAGGGCCCGGCCCUCUCGGCCCGCGGCGCCCGCAUCGCCGGCGCAAUCCCCGAGCGGGAACCCAGCGGGCGGGUCCCUCCUCCAGCCCCGGCGUCGUUCAAUAGCUGCCAUCUCUUCCAGGGCGUCCUGAAUUUGGGCACAAGUGACAAGCUUUGCUUUGACCUGAUAGAGGAGAGACUCACAAGACCUGAUAUGAACUAUCUGGAGCCUGAGCUUUUCCAGUAUUGUGAUACACAAGGUACUAGAAGCUUCCGAGAAUAAAUUGCCAAAUUUCUAACUGACUAUGCCAGAGCUGCAAAAGCAUUGAAUCCGGAACAUAUAACUGUUAUGAAUGGCUGUUGUGCUGUUUUUGCUACUCUGUCAACUGUAUUAUGUGACCCUGGUGAUGGAUAUCUUAUUCCAGCUCCAUACUAUGGUGGUAUAAAUUUGAAAACAUGGCUAUAUGGCGGGAUACAGCCUGUUCAUGUGCCCUUGUUCAGUGAGGUGACUGAUGAAGAAAGUCAUCCUUUCCGGUUAACAGUUGAAAAAUUGGAAGAUGCAUUGCAGAGAGCUAAAAAGCAGGGCAUCCGAAUCAGAUCAUUAAUCCUGAUCAACCCCCACAACCCAUUAGGGGACAUUUACUCAGCACAAUUACUGAAAGAAUGUCUAGAGUUUGCACACCGAUACAAAUUGCAUGUAAUAAUGGAUGAAAUAUACAUGCUGUCUGUUUAUGAUGAUACCACCUUCACCAGUGUUCUUAGCUUAGAUUGUUUACCAGAUCCAGAACGGACACAUUUUAUGUGGGGUUUUAGCAAGGAUUUUGGUAUGAGUGGUAUCAGAGUUGGAGUAUUGUACACCAGAAAUUAUGUAAUUCGGAAAGCUGUAAAUCAACUGGCUGUCUUCCAUAGCUGUCCUGGACUUGUUCAGCACAUUCUCAGUCAAUUCGUUAGGGACAGAGAUUGGUCGGAUAAUGUGUUUUUUCCCACCAACAAAAAGCGACUUAAAGAAGCACAGAAUAUUCUCGUGGAUGGGCUUGCAGAUGUUGGAAUACCCGUGCUGAAAAGUUUGGGAGGACUCUCUGUGUGGGCAGAAAAGUAUUUCUUAAAAUCACAGACAUUUGAAGCUGAACUUGAAUUAUGGCAGAAGCUUCUUGAUAAAAAACUCCUUAGUCCUGGAAAAGCUUUUUAUUGUUAUGAACCUGGAUGGUUUAGACUGGUUUUCUCCGAUUCUGCAGAUAAGAUUUACUUGUGUAUUCAGAGACUUGAGCAAAUGUUGCACAGUUACGCUGCUGAACCUGUCACAAACAACACAUUAUCCACUGCAGAUGCUUUGUGCAAUCCAGAAAAAGAUACUUCAGGAGAACCUACAAACAUACCAGGGAAAGAUGUCUCCCAGAUAGAAAAUACACGUGAGAAAUACAUGGAAAAAACAACACGGCGCAGAACAAGAAUCAGUGAGGGAGAAGAUGAGUCAGCAAGAUCCUGGAGGAAGAAGCGCCCCACCAAAAGAACAAAGAGAGAAGAUCUCCUGACAUUCUACCUUCGUAUGCAGGAUGAAAAAAAAAACCAUUCCUCUGCAAACAAGCAAAAUGACAUUUUCACUCUGCCAUGUCCGGAUUCCUUGAGGAGAGACAUUGAAGUCCUUCAGUGUUUCAUUAAGAUGAAUGAACUACAUGAAGAUGUUGUCCAUGAAGAACUUACUAUUGUCACUGAAGAGACUGAAGUUAUGAAAAAAUAAGUUACCAAAGAAAAAUAACCUCACUGAAGCUGUAAGCCAAAUGCAAGAAGAAAGGAGUCAGUCAGCAAGCAGAAGUUCCCCGAGAGCUUGAACCAAGAAAUUAAUGUAAUUUUUCCGAAGUGGCAAUGCUCAGAGUUCUUUGAUUUUUCUUACAAAGAUUUGACAAGGAAAACAACCGAGUUUGAAAGUCAGCCCAGAGAAGAACAAAGCUCCAUGGACUAUGCUGAGGCAGCACAAGGAUUUUACAGUGGUCCCAAGUGAAAACCUUGGGAACUGCAGAGAAAGGAGGGAAAGCAUAUGAGUGGAGGGGGUCAGUCUGGUUACUGCAAGUAUCUUUUAAGAGCUGUUAUUUUUAACUUUCUCACAGUUGUCAAUUUAAUAAAGGUUAAUCAGCAAAAAAGAAAUCUAGAGGAAGUGAAAGGUGAGAAAGGAGAGGAAGGCCAGCAGCAAAGUCACCUUGGAAUUACUGCAACACACUGGUCAUGGGCACGCAUCUCACUUAUGUAGCAACUGAAGUUACUUAAGAUUUAACCCUGUAUUAGCAGGAUGCUGGUAAUUUCUGAGCAUUUUGAACUAUGGACAGUAUCCCUUAAAUUUAGCACCUACUCCCUUAAUGCCAACUAUUCUUCCUUGUAUUUGAAGAGGGCAGAACUGAGGCUGCAGGCUGAAAAAAAUACAUCUGGUUCCUGCUGUCACAGAUCCUGCCCUAUUAUAAGUUGUCAAUACCUGAGACUUUCAAAAUGUAUUUCAUCUUAAAUCAAAGCUUUUCAUGAAGUCAAAACACAAGCCUAGUACAACUUUUAUAGACUUUUAUACAAUGUGAGGCUUCUGGGUGCUAUAGUCACAUGUCCCAAAAGAAAAAAACAAAGCUGAGAAAAUCUGUAAAUGUAAAUUUAAGGCCACUUACAGCUCUUAUCACUCACAGGCAGCAGGAACUGCUAACCCCAGGGAGUUCAGGCCAUACAAGCACACCUCACAGUGUUUGGAGCUGACUGGCUUGUAAAAAGCUUAGUGCAGAGAACUUUAACAUUGGUAUUUUAGUAUGUAGCGUUUUUCCCAUUCUGCUAUUUAAAUAUUUUCAUUGGUAUACUGAGACUGUUGAUAUAUAUAAUUAGUCAGUAUUUCCUUUAGCAAAUGUUUUUUUAAUUUUAAUUGCUUGAGGAAUUUUUCUUACUAUCAUUAAUUUCAAAGACUGAAAAAACAACUUAAAAUCAAUUUUAAGAGACCAAGCUAACACACACACAAAAGUAAUAGGAAUAGGAGACUGAAAUCACAAGUCAGUGUUGGCUCGCUCAGGAAAUGACAAUAUCUUUCUGCCCUGAGAAUGCCAGGACAGCAAAGCCAAGUAACAAUUUUUAAAUCUGCAUCCAGCUUUCCAAGAAAUGUAUUCCCUUAUAUAAGCAAAGUUUAGCAGGAAACUACGUAUGUAGGCUUACGUUUUAGAUUCAGCUGAACAAAAUUCCCUUAAAAGGUGGCUGUUAAAUAGAGUACUGCCUUGCGGAUCAUCGGUUUUAGUCUGAAGAAGACAAAUCUAAGUAGAUCACUCCUCUCCAGUGUAACGGGAAACUUAACUGCAUCACUGACUGUGUUUAGUGUCUAUUUAAAGCUAGUCUUAAAUUAUUCAAGGAGUAAACAAAACCUACAGUCACAGUUAACUAAAUUAAAUAUGCACAUAAAGUGUAGGAUGACUAAGAGUAUGCCUUUUAACACCUUUUCUGGAAAAUAAGUUAGAAAAUAAAAAUACUAAAGGCAACUUUUGGAAGUCAGUUAUAUGCUCACCAAAGUCAGACGACAUGAAACUUGUGGCUUUGUCCCAAAAAUGAGCAAUAAUGUCUGAAGAACAGA